AUGCGCGGCCGCUCGGUUCCGGCCCCGGUGGAGGCCGCCCGAGGUCCCAGCGCCCACCGGCCCCGCAGUUCCGCCGCGGGCUCCGGGCUCUGCCCGCCACUUCCCCAGCACUGCCAGCAGCUGGCAGCUUCGUGGGGCACCGGCACCUACAGCACAUGGAAACGCAGACAGACGGACACUCGGUAUAGCAGGGUGCAAGAAUGGGGCCAGGAGCUGGAGGUGGGCAGGAGGGACACAGCAUCUGGGAGCCAGCGUGGCAGCAGCACAACAGCCAUCACAGCCAUGACACCCACCACACCCAUUGCUCUCGGGGUGCUCCUGGCCCUGCUGCCUCUUGCCUCCACGCUGCAGAGCCGAGGUACCCGCAGGGGGGACCUGACGCCGGAGCCUGCUGAACCUGCCCUGCACCGGCUGAGCCACUACCUGCUGGCACACUACCAGAAGGGCACCCGGCCUGUGCAGGACUGGCGAAAGACCACCAAUGUGGCCAUUGACCUCAUGGUCUAUGCCAUUCUCAGCGUGGAUGAGAAGAACCAGGUGCUGACCACCUAUAUCUGGUACAGACAGCACUGGACAGAUGAGUUCCUUCGGUGGGACCCGGCGCACUUUGACAACGUGACACAGCUCUCCCUCCCGGUGGAGAGCAUCUGGGUGCCUGACAUCCUCAUCAACGAGUUCGUGGACGUCGGGAAGUCCCCCCACGUCCCCUAUGUCUAUGUUGACCACCACGGGGAGGUGCAGAACCUCAAACCCAUCCAAGUGAUGACCGCUUGCAGCCUGGACAUCUACAACUUCCCCUUCGACGUCCAGAACUGCUCUCUCACCUUCACCAGCUGGCUGCACCACAUCCGUGACAUCAACCUCUCGCUGUGGCGGCAGCCGGAGCUGGUCAAGUUCGACCGGAGCGUCUUCAUGAACCAGGGCGAGUGGGAGCUGCUCUACGUCCUCAGCCACUUCCAGGAGUUCAGCGUCAAGAGCAGUGACAGCUAUGCUGAGAUGAAGUUCUAUGUAGUCAUCCGGAGACGCCCCCUUUUCUACACUGUCAGCCUGCUGCUCCCCAGCAUCUUCCUGAUGGUUAUGGACAUCGUGGGCUUCUAUCUGCCUCCCAACAGUGGUGAGAGGGUCUCUUUCAAGAUCACUCUCCUGCUGGGCUACUCAGUUUUCCUCAUCAUCGUAUCUGACACGCUGCCAGCUACUGCUGUUGGCACCCCGCUGAUAGGCAUCUACUUCGUGGUGUGCAUGGCACUGCUGGUCAUCAGUCUGACCGAGACCAUCCUGAUAGUGCGCCUGGUGCACAAACAGGACCUGCAGCCCCAUGUGCCCCCAUGGGUGAAGCACCUGCUGCUGGAGCAAGCCACUGUCCUGCUCUGCAUCCGGGACAGGACUGCAUUCAUCCAGAGCAGGACGCAGAGCAUGGACAUCUCUGGGCAGGCAGAGAACAAUGACAGCACAGCAAAGCUGAACCCCUACAGCUGUGAGGACCCUCGGGAGCGUGAGGCAACAGGGGACACAAGGGCCAGGCUGGCAGAGGGCUCCCCACUGGUGCUGGGGGUCCUACGUGAGAUCACUGCCAUCCGCCGCUUCCUGGAGAAGCGUGAGGAGUUCCGUGAUGUUGCCCGCGAGUGGCUCCAAGUGGGCUACGUGCUGGACGUCCUGCUUUUCCGGGCAUACUUGGUGGCAGUCCUGGCCUACAGCAUCACACUGGGCACCCUGUGGUCGGUGUGGCGGGAUGCCUGAGUGGCCCCCGCCGGUGGGGACAGGACCAGGAAG